GCUCGCUCGGCCCGGCCCGGCGCUCGGCGCUCCCCCCCGGGCUCUUUGUUGGAGGUGGCGGCAGGGGCCGCACUAUGUCCUCCCCCAAGAUCGGCUUCUACCGGCAGGAGAUCACCAAAACCCUCUGGGAAGUGCGGGACCGCUACCGGGACCUGCAGCCCGUGGGCUCCGGCGCCUACGGAACCGUCUGCUCCGCCGUGGAUGGAAGAAGCGGCACCAAAGUGGCUGUAAAGAAGCUGUCCCGACCAUUUCAGUCUAUCAUCCAUGCCAAAAGGACCUACCGAGAACUACGGCUACUGAAGCACAUGAAACAUGAAAAUGUAAGUUCAGUCCUCACAGAUCUUAUGUGCGCUGAAAAAGAAAGGAAACUGGGCAGAGCUGGACAAGCUGUCGUGCAGCUGUGUAGUGUUCAGGGCUCUUCGACAAGACCCGCUCAUCUGUCCUUCAUCUGCAGACAUCAGCUCACGCAAAUGGGAGUUUCCUGUGAGCAGGACUAGGGGAAAUGGAUCCAAGGAGGGAAGAUUUAGGUUGGA